AUGAAGGCUCUAUCCCUCCUCUUCCUCCUCCUCCUCCUCCUCGCCUCGGGGGCCUGUGACGGCGUCAAGUACAUCUCCAAGAGGAACUCAGUGGACGGAUGCAUCGACUGGUCGGUGGAUCUGAAGGAGUACCACGUUCUGGCCGAUGAACCCGUUCGGGUGAAAUGUGCCUUGUUCUACAGCUACAUCCGAACCAACUACACCAUGGCAACCAACGCCAAGCUGCGCCUCAUCUGGUACAAGAACAAAGGAGAUGCUGAGGAGCCUAUAAUCUUCUCGGGUCACCGGCUGAGUAAAGAAGACGACUCCAUCUGGUUCAGAUCUGCUGAAAUGGAAGACAAUGGAUUCUACACCUGUGUCCUAAGGAACUCCACAUACUGCAUGAAAGUGUCCAUGUCCAUGAUUGUGGAGGAGAAGGAUGAGGGGAGAUGCUUCAGCAGCAAAAUCCGACAUCUGGAGAAAGCUGAAAUCACCCAUAGCAAAAUGAUCACCUGUCCCGAUAUAGAAGACUAUUUGGCCCCGUACAAGCAGCCGCAGAUGACCUGGUACAAGGAGUGCGAGCGGGUUGAAUGGAGAAGGUCCAUCACUGUUAACACUACAAACGUCUGGAUUCCUGAGGUGGAAGAGGGUGACGGGGGCAAUUACACCUGUGAGUUACAGUAUGGAUCCAGACUGGUGCGGCGGACCACACAGCUCAAAGUUACAGCUCUCCAGACCACUCAUCCUCCCAAGGUCCUUUUCCCUCCAGAGAGACAAGACACCGUGAUAGAAAUCACGCCUGGUAUGCCCCUCAGUCUGGACUGCAAGGCGUUUUUUGGCUACAGCGGAGAGAACAGAAGGCCUAUUGUCUACUGGAUGAAAGGAGAAAAGUUUGUCGAAGAGCUCGCGGGACACAUUAAAGAAAGUGAAGUCAGGAUUUUGAGGGAGCAUUUAGGGGAGAAGGAGAUGCAGUUGUCCUUAACGUUUGAUGCUGUUGACGAGACAGACCUGGCCAACUACACCUGCUACGUGGAGAAUCACAUAGGGAGGCGCAGCGGGAGUGCGAUACUGCAGAAGAAAGAUAUGUACCGCCUGGAGCUGGCUGGAGGUCUGGGGGUCAUCCUGCUGCUGCUGGGAGUCCUGACAGCGCUGUAUAAGUGCUACAACCUGGAGAUCAUGCUCUGCUACAGGAGGCACUUUGGAAGUGAUGAAACGGAAGACGAUAACAAGGAGUACGACGGCUAUCUGUCCUACACCAAAGUGGAGCUGGACUGCUUGGGCAGGUCGAGCAGCGACGAGGAAACAUUGGCUUUGGAGAUCCUGCCGGACGUUUUAGAGAAACAUUACGGAUACAAGCUGUUUAUACCAGACAGAGAUCUAAUACCCAGCAGUACCUACAUUGAGGACUUGGCUCGUAGCGUGGAGCAGAGCAGGCGUUUGAUCAUCGUUUUGACUCCGGAGUUUGUCGCCAAGAGAGGGUGGAGCAUCUUCCAGAUCGAGACGCGCCUCCACUCCAUGCUGGUUACCGGGGAGAUCAAGGUGAUCAUGAUCGAGUGUGCUGACCUGAAGAAUGUGAUCAACUACCAAGAGGUGGAAGCACUUAAACAUACAAUCAAGGUUCUAUCCAUCAUCAAGUGGAGGGGUCCCAAGAGCAAUGAGCUGUCGUCUAAGUUUUGGAAACAGGUGGUCUACGAGAUGCCUGCUAAACGCAGAGAGACGUUGUCCAGACGCCAGGUGAUGGACUCCGGUGAGCAGGGCCUCUUUGGUGACCUGCAGACCACCGUCUCCACCAUUGCCAUGACAACCACCUCCGCCUCCUUGGCGCCCCCCAAUGAGAAGAUCCCGGACUACAACCAGAUGACGUUGCCACUGGGAGGCGGCCACUCUGCCACAGCAGCCCAAAUGAGGCAUUUCUGCCGCAGCUACGAGUUCCAGCUUCCCCCACAGCCAUCCUCAAUGUCGCCUCCCCUCCCACCUCCCUCCACCGUGCAGUUCUCCACUCUGGGCCCCGGGGGGCGCCACGUCUAUUGCAACAUCCCUAUGACACUGCUGAAUGGACAGGUGCCUCAGAGCAGUACGCUUGGGAAGAAGACAGACCUCCACCUGAACAGCACCUUUGUACCGCUCACCAGCAGAGAACUAAGCUCUGACAUCUGGUAG